AUGGCUCACUGGUUCCAUCGUAAUCCCAUCAAAGCGACGGAGAAUGUUAAUUUUGACUUGAAGUCUAUUUUAUCAGGUCCAACAAGUCGCAAAAUUUGCAAUGAACUGCGAUCUCGAAGGGAACGUUUAGUGGAAUUCUUUAGGAACGCUAGCUGUGAUAUGGCUGAAGUUGACGAAGAGUUUAGAUUAUACUUAUCAGCUUUUUCUGGUUUUUUAGUUCCGAUUGGUAAUGUUGGAGGCGAAGAUGUUGGGAGCAAAUUAGCUCCAGUAAUUUCAUUCAAGUGGACCAAUUCAAUGCUUGGAUCUACGGCUUUUAAAGUUAGUGACAGCUGGUUUGAAGCGGCUAAUAUGUGUGUAAAUAUGGCUUUGUGGUUGGCAAAACAUGCGGCAUGGACUGCUGGCAAAGACGAAGUUCGAGAGGGUGAAGCAAAACGUGUUCAUACAGCCUUGCGACGCGCUGCUGGGAUGUUUAUUUUUUUUUUUUUACUUUCACGUGAAAUUUUGCGUGAAUCUUCAAUAAUACUACCAAAAUUUCUGGUUACUGACUUGGCAACAAUUCGCGGUUCUGAUUUUGACCCAUCUGUUCUCAACGCUUACAUUAAUCAGUGUACAGCUGAGGCUCAGGAAGUUACUGUUGCAAGAGCAAUUGAACUGAAGCAUCGUCCUGCGUUAAUAUCAGCUUUGGCUCACGAAACUAGUGCAGUCUUUUUAAAAGCAGAUAAGUCUCUGGAACGGUUGGAUCAGAAUGUAUUUGGAAAGUGGCGUUGGUACCUGCAGUUAAAAGCUCAGGUUUAUUUGGCUUAUGCAUAUGCUUUCUUUGGUGAAAGUCUUUUGGCUGAAGAUAAGUGUGGAGAAGCGGUUCGUGCUUGCAGAGAAGGGUUAUCGUGUUUUGAAAUCGCGAAAAACUUUUCUGCGAUGUAUAUGAAGUCACAAGGACCAGGAACACCUGCGAAACCCGCUACACACUUGUUUUUCCGUCGUGUGGAACCGCUUUUGAAACGUCAUUUAGAAAAAGCUGAAAGGGAAAACGGUUUUAUUUACCACCAGAAAGUUCCCGACGAUUGUCCUUCUUUAGAAGAAAAAGCCACUUUUGGUUUAGCUCAGCCAGAACCAUUCUCACUCCCUUCUCCAAGCCCGGAUUGGUCUGAAUCUGUGUAUGCGUCUUUUGACUUGUCAAAAGCUUCGAUGCCAGAUUUUUCAAAAAUUAAAAAAUGCAAUAAAGACCUUCCUCUCGUAAAAGAAGAAAAACUUUAUCAAACAGAAAAGGAUCAGGACAAUCGAAGUGGUUGCACGAUUUCUUGA